AUGUUUCUUACUAAUGGUCCUAAAGUAGACAGCAAUGAAAAGAAGCGUGGGAGACCUUCUUUGCUUGGAAAAGAAUUAGAUCUUGCUCUUUUAAAUCAUUUGAUUCAACUGAAAGUUUGCUUGGCUUUUGAAGAAGUAGUAUUAUUCAGAGGAAAAAAUAAUUGUAUAAGGUUGAAGCUGUUAGGGGAUAAGGAACGUCGGGUGGAAGCGCCGGCUCUUAUCAUAGGGUUUGAAAACAGGGCGAUGUUUGAAAUGGGCAUUCUUUUGUUUCAUCUUUCGAACCAAAUUAGAGCAAGAACAUUGAAAGAAGAGAAUGUUGUUGUAAAAAAAUGCCUUUUGUCUGUGGGUAUCACUGGUCUAGGAUUUCACUAUUUGUCAAAGAUAGUUUGCAGGGAUGGAAGAAUUGCAGUGACAAAUCAUUCGACGCUUUGUCAUCUGAAGGAGGGUAGAGGUAGUCAGGACUGUGUUGUCAAACCAAAUAUUUGUGAUGGUAAUUUGAAUGUCCCACAAACGCUUAGAGUUGCUAAGGAGUUUUUACAAUCGAAAGAACCUAGUGUUUUAGCCGAAUUUGGUGGCAACAUUAAGUUAAGUUACUCUUGGGGGAGUAGUUUACUUAAGAGAAUGACAGAGAAAGAAGCUGAAGUAGAAUCUGAAAAUAAAAGUGAUAAUUCCUCUUCGCAAGAACCAGGACCUUGUGAUGAUACUGAAUCAGUUGGUAUUGCCAGGGCAAAUGGUGCUCCAAGCGGCUCUUGCAGUGUAGGCAAUACAGGAAACGUAACAAAUGAGCUUGGUCCUAAUCAAAAGUUCACGAAAAAGUACAACAGGAAAGGUAGACCUUUGCUUCUUGGCGAAGAAUUGGAUAAGAAGCUCCUGGAUCACUUAAUUCAGCUAGAGCAAGCCAGCCCAGGAGAAAUAUCGAGUGUUUCACGUGCCUUACAACAUGCGCAGAAUUUUUUGCGAGAAAGUGCUCCAGGAUUGUUGGUGGAAGAUGGAGGCACAUUGAAACUUGGGUAUUCGUGGGCCAUCAGUAUGCUGAGGCGUGUGGUUGAUAGGUCUAAGGAAGUCCAUGGACAGGACAAAGUGACUUGUCCAUCUGAAGUUCCUGCAGAGGAGGGUGGAAAAACAUGUCGAUCUGGCGUUACUUUAAGUCUGAAAAGCCCCAAUGAGCUUUGCAUUCCAGGCGAUUAUUUUCUGAAUUCUAUUGCGGAUACGAUACUGAAUGCAGUUGUGCAAGAGCCUGAGCAAGCACACCUUAACGGAAUCAAACAAGAGCAAUUCUCUUAUCUUGCUUUUAAUCAGUAG